UGCGGAGAAUGAGAAACCUUUGGACAGGGAGAGGAGCCAGAUAAUAAACCCCAAUGAUUAAAGAUUGAGACCCGCGGAGAGAAACAUGUCGGUGGCCUUUGCAUCUGCCCGUCCUAGAGGCAAAGGGGAGGUCACUCAGCAAACUAUCCAGAAGAUGCUAGAUGAAAACCAUCACCUAAUUCAGUGUAUUAUGGACUACCAGAGUAAGGGGAAGACUGCAGAAUGUACUCAAUACCAACAAAUACUACACAGAAAUUUGGUUUACUUGGCAACAAUAGCAGAUUCUAACCAGAACAUGCAGUCUUUGCUUCCUGCUCCACCAACGCAAAACAUGAAUCUUGGGCCAGGAGGAAUGCCUCAGAGUGGAUCUAACCAAUCUAUCCAUUCCCAGAGCAAUCUCAGUGAUGCCAUUGGAACAGGCCUCCCACCUUCCUCUCUUAUGCAGAGUCAGAUUAGCAAUGGUCCUAAUCAUGUGUCCAUGCAGCAGUCAGGGCAAAACACAAUGCCAACGACUUCUAUGAGCAUGACAGUCAGCAGCCAUGGCACAGGGCCAGGGUAUAGCCAUACUGUGCCUGCUUCUCAAAAUGUACCAAUGCAGGGCCAAGGAUCCAUAGGGAAUUAUGUAUCUAGAACCAAUAUCAACAUGCAGUCUAACCCAGUCUCCAUGAUGCACCAGCAAGCGGCAACAUCCCAUUAUAACUCUGCACAAGGUGGAAGCCAGCAUUACCAAGGACAGUCCUCUAUUGCAAUGAUGAGUCAAAGCAACCAAGGAAGCAGCAUGAUGGGUCAACGACCAAUGGGUCCAUACCGACCCUCACAGCAAGGUUCUUCUCAGCAGUACAUGGGGCAAGAAGAGUAUUAUAGUGAGCAAUACAGCCAUGGUCAAGGAGCUUCUGAGCCAAUGAACCAGCAAUAUUAUCCAGAUGGACAUGGUGAUUAUGCAUAUCAGCAGUCAUCUUACACUGAACAGAGCUAUGACAGGUCAUUUGAGGAUUCUACCCAGCAUUACUAUGAAGGAGGAAAUUCCCAGUAUAGCCAGCAGCAAGCUGGAUAUCAGCAGGGAGCUGCCCAACAACAGACAUAUUCACAGCAGCAAUACCCAAACCAACAGAGCUACCCAGGACAGCAACAAGGAUACGGUCCUGCACAAGGAGCUUCUUCACAGUAUUCUAGCUACCAACAGGGACAGGGACAACAGUAUGGAAGCUAUAGAGCAUCUCAGACAGGACCAUCUGCCCAACAACAGAGGCCUUAUGGUUAUGAACAGGGCCAGUACGGGAAUUAUCAGCAAUAAGGGACAAGCUUCUUUGUUGGAUUCAUUUCAAUACUAUGUCUAUCUUUGGAACUCGGUGUACAGAAAGUUUUGACUACUUGUAAUAUGUCAGUUACCCCUUAGCACAAAGCAGCGUCUGUAUGUGAACAGUGUUCAUUUCAUGCCGGUUAUGAAGCAGUGCACUCUACUGGUAAAAAGACAAUGCUUUAAUGGUCUGAUAUAUUUGGUGCUGUGUAUAGUAUUGUAUGUUGCUACAGCGCAACUUUUUUUUUCUUUUAUCCUUCCUCUUCUUCCCAUUCUUGAUGUUUCUAAAUAGCUUUAGGGGUCGUUUUAUCAUCAGUUUUUUGUGCCCAGUUAUGGGAAACAUCUAGGCUAUCCUGCAAUCCAUGUAUUCAUACAAAUAGACCUUAGGUCUAAUUUCUCUGUUCAUCCUAAUGUAGGUUAGGAACUUCUGUUCAACUGAAUGCAAUGCAGCUUGUCCAUGGUUUAUGGUUGCCUCAGAAAUAUAUGCCUCUUAACUAUACUACUUUAGGGGCAGGGGCAUUCUUUGUGGUAUGUCAGUUUCCAUGCUACACAAUGAAAAAGAGAAAUAUUUCAUUUACUGGGGAUAUUUUGAAAAAUAGUUUCCAGUGCUUACUAAUUAUCCAUAUCUCAUUCUGGUUCAGUCUAUCUGAGAAAAUCUACAUUUUUGUAUUAAAAGGUAAAGAGGGAUCAUUUAUUCAAAAUCUGAAUCCAUAGAGGUGUCUUAGUGAACAAUAUAAAUCGAGGAGUAUGGUGUGAAGGGAAAGAAAAGAGAAUUCUUUGGGGAUUGGUCCAUUAGAAGUUAAUAUUGCUUUGUUCUGUUUUUAUCUAAUAAAACAUUUCUGGCAUUUGAAUUUCUAAUGUGCCAGAUCUACAUUUAUAGAUACUUUUAAAUAUUAAUGCCAAAUUUUCCUGUCAAGUGGUUAGUUGAUUCUUUGUAUGUUAUUUCUUCCAGGGUAGUUCAGAUCUUCGAGCAAAUUUUGUAGUUAUAACUGAAGAUGUAUUUCUGGGUUGUUCAUUUUGCUGUCUCCCUUAUCCUACAGGAACUUGACUUAUUUGGAAUACAGAUCAGGCAAAAAAAAGAAUAAAUAUUCCCCCUUUGGCAGUGCAUAUUGAAAAGUAAAAAUUUCUGAAGGUUUAUGGGAUGAACUGUAGUUAGUUUAGUUUCUAAGUGAAGAGAUCAUGAAAUCUGUGUAAACAAUACAGAGUAACUCAUUUUGAGCAAUUUUAUUAAAGGAAAAAUUUGAAUACAUUUCUAAUAUCAUAUAUGUUUGAGAUGUGAUCAAACUUUGCUUGGAUAACAAAAUUUAUUUAACAGAAAAAUAAAAAAGACUGGGGAAAAACAUUUCAACUAAAUACAAAUCUUUAUAGCAGAAUAAAAUACAACCUGAAGGAAAUGUCAUCUUUUUUUAUAUGUGUUAAUUCUGGUGGAGGUAGUCUUUUUUAUUAUUGUUGUUACAGGGUUUUAUAUUUUGAAAACUCAAGAGUAGAAAAAUAGAUAUAACCUAUCGAGGCAUAUACAUUUGCUUUCUUCCCUUAAAAUAACAGUGGAUUGAGAUCACAGAAUUUUAGAGGUAGAAGGAAACUUAGAGGUCACCUAAUCUAGUUCCCUUAUUUUACAAAUGGAGAAACUAAGGCCCCAAAGAAGAGAAAUAACUUGCAUUAGAUUACACAUCUAGUUAGUGGCAGAACAGGAAGUAUAAGCUAGGUCUUCUGACUAUCAGGCCAGUGUUUUUACUCUUGUUACUUCACUGCCUCUCAACCAACCAACAAAUACAAUGUCAAUUGAUAAAAUCAAUCAACAAAUAAUAUUUGAUUGCUUGGAACCAUGUCAUGAAAUAAGGAAAGGAUUACUUUUUUUCUGUCCCAAAUCUCAUAUCCUUGGCAAAUCUAGGGGCAAAAAAUAGUAGAGUUCUUAAAAGGCCACACUCUCAUAGCCUCUUUUCAUUAUACUCGCCAGCUUUUCCAGUAGUACCUCCAGUUCUCCAUUGUGUUAACUCUGCAGUUUAGGGAAUAUGCAGUUGUAUACAACUUAAAUUCGGUACAAGUUGAGGUAAUUUGUAGGUAUAGACUAUUUAUAACAAAGAGAUAUCAUCAGCUUUGAGAACUCAAAUCUUAAGAUAUUGGUUUACUCAGUUUAUUUCAUCACUCCUCUGGGGAUAACAUAUUAGCAGAUCAAGUUUAAAAGUACUUAGUUUUUUAGUAUCAUAUGACUUAGAGCUGGAAGGGACUCCAGAUCUGGUUUUCUUCCUCCUAUACUAUGCUUGCAGUCAUUACAGCCCAUAGCUGCUUCACAAUACUGGGAGAUCCUUUUGGGUUUGUGACAAAAGCCAGUACCUUGGAUCUUUUUUCAGCCAUACUUAUCUAUCUUAGCUGCCAUUCCCUAUCCCUUCCAUAUUACUUUUAAAGGCUUUCUACCACUGUACCCAUUUCCUUCAUGCUCAUUAAAUCUCAGAAAGGUAACAGGUCCCAGAGAUUAACCUCUAUCCAAAGCUGGGAACUUCUUUUCAACCUCCUUGUCAGAUAGUUAUCUGAUACCUACCUGAAUACCUCUUGUGAUUGGGAACUCAUCACCUCAGAUUUCAACCUAUUUCUAUUUUUAGUCAACUCUAUUUUCUAGAAAGCUGUUUCUUUAUAGGUUUCUUUUCGUUUGCUUUAACAGUAUUUGUAUUAAAUCUUACUUGAACUCUACCAUUGCCGAAUUAACCAUUCUUAAUUGCUAAAAAUGAUAUGAACAAUUGAAUUUAAGGAAUCUGUCCUUUGUAGUUUUGUCUUUUCUUUCCCUUCAUUACAAUCUAAUACAACUAAUUUGGAAAUUCAGUUGAGAAAUUAGAAAAUUCCCAUCGAAAAUAUUUAAAGAUUUAGAUAGCAAAAAUGAUUAAAUUUAUUUUGUUCCUUGCCAACAUGGAAAUAUGCCUCUUAUGUAUGUUUUUAAGUGCUGAAAUAAUACUUUUGAAAGAAAAGGACAUUUAAAAAACAUAUUACCACUACUGUACCAAUCUGAAAUGUCUUACAUUAAGAAUUUCUUGAAUGUUGUGUAUAUAUUUAAAAGAGCACUUUGGAAAAUAGUUUGUACAUUUAUUUCCUAAUUUAUACAUGAUUUUUGGUGUUAAUAUUUCUAACUAUUAAUAACAAAAUGUUUAUUUAAUGUGUUGUCCAUUUUUAUGUAUUUUUGUGGGAAGGAAAAGUAAUGCCAGCAAUUCUGACUUUUUCAUCAAUUGUAUCACAACUUCUGUAAUAUUGAAUGUUUUAAAAAGGCUUAGGCUAAAAUGACUUGAUCGUGGAGUGUAUUGAUGGUACUUUUUUAAUAAACCAAUGAAAGACUUGAUUAAAGACCAGUGAAGAAGCAGUUAGGGACUUUGGGAAAUGGAUGCACGUACUCACCCCUUAUUGUCUGACAUAUCAUAAUGCAUUUGAGAAAUGGCGGUGACAGUUUUCAGAAUUGUUGAAAAAAAUGAUACUGGUAUGCAAAGGUCAUCAUGCAUCAUAGUUUUGUGUUGAUCAGUGUCUUUUGAUGAUAUAACUUUAGAGUACCACAAAUUAUACUAGGAACUCAUUUCAAAAGCCAUUGUUAAAGGUAUCAUGGUGGAAAAAGGCUUUCUCGAAAUUCAAAGGAAGCCUUAAUAUGUCUAUAUGGAUGGAGACUAAGUGAACCUCUGAUUUUGUCAGAUAUUUUAUAGAGACGAGUCUAUAGCAUCCAUUCAUUAUUGUAAAAAGAAGAAAAGUGUUUUCAUUUUCAUUUUAAAAUUUAUAGCCAUUACGACAUUCCUGUUUAUUGAACAAAUUGGUUUAGUCUCUGUCAAUUGUGGAUACAGUACAUUUUUCAACAAUCAUUUUGAUUGUUAGUUUUUUUCCCCGUCAGAUUUGAGUUUGGUGUAUAAAUGGAGUUUAUGCUUUUGAUGUAACCUAUUAAUAAACUGGUUCUUCUAAAAAUCA